AUGGGAGCCAAAGGUCCGCUCAGUGGGACCUCGACGACGUCCAAGACUCUACCACGACCGCAACCACGCGACUCGACGCUCGUGCUCUACACCCUCGUGGGCGAACCACUCGAGCCGCUGCAAGCAAGUGCAUCGGACCACGCCCCGGACACGAACUGGAACGCGUUUGUGCUGCCUUUGCCGUCUUCUGGCCGCUGCGUAACCCUCGCGGACGUGCACGAGGCGUUUCCAUUGGGCAACAACUACCACUUUGCCUUUCGAUGCAAAGAAGGGGCGUAUCUGGACUUGACGAACCCGGAUUCGGCCGUGCCGUUCACUGGGCAGAAGAUCCUCGCUCGAGUCACGCCGUUAGAAGAAGAGCCGCGGGUUGAGUACUUGCUUCACGACGAGUAUGGGGCCGCUGGUAUUUCUUCUUCAUCUUUUGAUGAUGCAAAGACGAAUUCAGAAGCGUUGAAGCGUCGCACUGAUAGUUAUGCUAGUAGUGGGACACUGGAGCAUCGGAGUCAUGGAUCGGACGACUACGUGGAAUUCGAGUCGACGACGUACGAGUCUCAAGAUGAAGAGAGCUAUCCACCGGUGGACCGUCCACCUUUACGGGAUCAAAGGCAGAUGGAAGGGCGUCCGCACGGUGAGUGGAAUCACAAUCGGUAUGGGCAAAGAGAUGACAGGAUGUACCCAAGUCAAGAUGAUGGCAAUGGAGGCUCGAGAUUUGACUGCGUGGAGCAGCAGACAAUGGAUGAAGGAUCAAGCACACGUCAGCAAACAGAGUGGACAGAUGCUGCUAAGGACGCGCAGACAUAUUUGCGAAAGCAGACGGAACAAGCGUACGAUUUUGCAAAGAAGAUCUCGAUUGAGGAUGCGAAAAAAGGCGCGACAGCAACGGCUGAGAAGGCCAAGAAGUGGGGAGGCUCGCUGCUGUCGUCCAUCAGUGCGACGAUAUCCAAUAGUAGCGUCAGUGUGACUAAGCAGAACGCAAUCGUCCAGAUCGGUGGAGUCAGUGUUCGGAUGGUGCAGCUUCUUGCAGAGGGUACAAAUGCUCACGUUUACUUGGUUCGUUCAUCGGCUACGAGCGACACGUUUGCUCUCAAGCGAGUUCUCUGCCGGUCCCAAGAUGUUGAGGACAAUGUGCAGAUGGAGCUUCGAGUGUUUCGCUCCGUCAAGCACCUGAAUAUGAUGCCGCUGAUCGAAUUCUCCGAGACACGCGUUCAACAAGGAAUUGAGUUUCACUUCUUGGUUCCGUAUUUCGAGCGUGGAAGUCUGAGGGAUGCGAUUACUGCAGCGUGCCUGUCAUCAUCGCCCCUUUGGCCAUUCACUCAACGCACAGCAUUGCAUCUUUUCCAUGGCAUUUGUUCUGGCGUGCUUGCACUGCACCGAGCUGGUUUCUGCCAUAGAGAUAUCAGGCCGCAUAACAUCUUGCUGUCUUCGUCAUCUACAGGAGAGAAUUUUCUUGCGUACAUUCCAGUGGUGACACAUUUCGGCAGCUGCGUUCCGAUUCACGCAGAAGGACAUGCGCGUCGCAGUUUGCUCGAGCGGCAGAGUGGAGUAAUACGCAAUAGCUCAGCCCCGUACCAGGCACCUGAAAGUUUCGAACCGGCUGUGGAUCUCGCGCUGGACGGCCAAUCUGACGUGUGGUCCCUCGGUUGUGUGUUAUAUGCAAUGGCAUUUGGAACAAGCCCGUUUGAGCAUCCGCACGAGGGCUUUGUAAAGUCAGCGUGCGUAAACGGCCAAGUGUCAUUCCCGCCAGAGCAAGGUGGUAUGGUGCACCACCGCGGCACCCGAUUUACAGCCGAGUUCUGUGACUUUAUCCGAGACAUGUUGCAGGUGAACCCUGAAGAGCGGCCUUCCGUCCUGGAUGCGCUCGAAUUUACCGAGGAGCUGUUAAAUGAUGAGAUGCAGCAGUAA